AUGGAGCGUCAGUCAACCAUCCAACAAGGAGUGUUGAAAAAAAAAGAGAGGCGUACACAGUGGCAGCUGUUCGUCGUCAACUGGUAAGGCAGAAGACUGGAAGGCGGAAGCUGUACGGUAUCGCUGGGGGGGUCCUUGGCAGGAGGUGGCAGAGGUACACAGCGAUACUGGUACGGCAACGGCAAGCAGUGGGAACUGAAAGGUGCGGCAGGAGCGGGCUUGGUAAACUCUUGCGCAAGUGCGGCUUACAGACCAAGGCUCGAGGCAGGCGUGCGGGGCGCGGCUUACUGCAGGAAGGGCAGGCGUGCGGGGCACGGCUUAUUGCAAGAGGGGCAGGCGUGCGGGGCACGGCUUACUGCAAGGAGGGUAGAGGUCGCGCGCGCUUGAGUCCUCGGCGUCAAACUCUUGCAGCAAAAGCAGAAAAGACCAUCGUUUCAUCUCGCUAUUCAGACUAUGGAAUAAGUGGUACCUAG